UAAAAGCAGUGAAAUCACAGGAACCACCUGGAGCACGUUGGAUUCCCUACAAAUUACAUAUGAAGAAGCAAGACUCAAACUGCCAGAGGCUGAACGAUUCACAGAUUUGACAGAUUCAGAAGACUCUCCACUCAAACGUAGACGGAGAAGAAUGAAGAAGAAUGUAGUCCUUGAAGAGGAAGACAGUGAAAGUGAGAGGCAGCAAGCAUCCACACUACCCAGCCCUCCCGAAAUGGCUUCUGCAAAGAAGCGGCCUUAUUCACUCUCCCUGCUUUCACAGUCGUCUCCUACAGCCGUCAACGUAGGAAGCUCAGGCAAUGAAAGGACUGCUGUCAGUGAAUUGUGCUCCGAAAGAAGGUGCAACAUAACACCUACCCCACUGUCAAGAAUGAGAGAGGAUGUUGAUUCUCUCAGUGGAGGAAACACCACACCAUCCCAGGUCAGAACUGACCAUUCCGGCAUAUUGAUUAAUAGAAGAACCACAGCUACACCAACUCGUGCCCAAAAUGCAGACUUCAGUGAAUCUGUGAUACGAACCAUCCUGACCAAUCAAGAAGUCAUCAAAGAUCAGAUGGGCAUUUUGGUGAAGCUAGUUCAUCAGUUAAAGGGAACUGCAGAAGAGAGCCCAUCUCUACCACCGGAAACACUUCCGGUUGCAACCCUUCAAGAGCUUCUGGUUUUGGAGGGACAGCUGCUUGAUCAAGAAUUCAAGAAAACUCUGACGAUUACCUUGGCACAAAGAGUAGGUACAGCCGUUAAGGACACUGUUUGGAGAAUGAUGGGAUACCUCUUGACCAAUGAACUUGCCAGACAGAUGAAUUGGAAAGGAGCCAAUGGCAAGGCAGCCUUCAAGAACCUUAUUCUAAGAGGGAUAAUCAAUGAGGCUGUACGAAGAAACCGACUUACAGCAACAUCAACAGAUCAAGAAACUGAACUGUGGAUUAAAAGGUGGCUCCAUCUUGCUGGAGACAGAGAUGGAGGACGCCGUGCCAGGCAGCGAACUGAUAACUGAUGUAACUGAGACAGUCUACUUGUUAGGAACAAUGCUAUAGUUCAGCAUACUUUCAGCUACAUACUUUAAUUGUUGUGACAAAUUUAAAGUUUAAUUUGUUUUGUUAACUUUGUUCAAUGUGGCUUAGUUUUAUUCUGUUUUCAGCCAUUAUAAUGGGUGUUUUUUGCAUUGUGUUAGAGUGGAGCAACCAUCAAAAAAUAUAUUUAACGCUAGGCAGAGGUGCUGUCAUUUCGUGAACACAAGUUGAUUGUAACAGAGGACAUUAAACACUAUUUUUUCCCAAAACUUACAAGGGGGAAUGCAAACGUUGUUCCACAGGAGCUCACGGACUGCAGAUGUGCCCACAGGCAUUUUUUGUUUAUUGGCCCAUUCAGAAAAUCUAACAUUUUCUAUUUAGCUCACUGUUCUUUAAUUUUAAUAAAUGGAAAUGAAUAACAAAA